GCCUCCAUCAAGGCCAGUUGGAAAAAAUAGGUAGGAAUACAAUCAAUAUUCAUCAACUAUUUAUUAUAUUGGAGUGUUAUAAGUUAGUUAGAAGAGAAAUUUGGUGUUGGGAUGGGAAUGAGGAAUAAUGAUAGUAAUAAAGAGAAGAAUGGUGGUGGAGUGAAGAGGAAGGGGCUGUGGUCGCCGGAGGAGGAUGAGAAGCUGAUGAAUUACAUGGUGAGAAAUGGGCAAGGGUGUUGGAGCGACAUAGCAAGAAACGCGGGGCUGCAGCGCUGCGGGAAGAGCUGCCGCCUGCGUUGGAUAAACUAUCUCCGCCCUGAUCUCAAGCGCGGCGCCUUCUCCCCUCAGGAGGAGAAUCUUAUCAUCCAUUUCCAUUCCAUUCUUGGCAACAGGUGGUCUCAAAUUGCAGCACGUCUCCCUGGAAGGACGGACAACGAGAUCAAGAAUUUUUGGAAUUCAACAAUCAAAAAGAGGUUAAAGAACACAACCACAUCAUCGUCUCCAAACAACAGCGACUCCUCCGACCACCAUCAUCUCAAGGCCAACGUGGUCGGAGGGGGGCCGGUGUUCAUGCAAGAGUAUGAGGCAGCUGGCGUCCGCAUGGAUUCCUCGUCUUCGUCGUGCUCAUCCAUGGCCACCCAAUUCGGAAACCCCUUCAACCCUAAUCACCACCUCAUGGAUCAGCACCACAACAACAGCAUUUUCGACUUAAACGGCGUCGUUCCGAUGUUCAAUUUGCCGCAUGAGGUUGGUACUAUGGCAGCCCUAAAUGACCUUUCUGUCCCUGGAUUGGAAGUUUCCAAUUAUCACAGUUUCACCGAUGCCCAUUAUCUUAGUAACACUUAUAAUCAAAAUAAUAAUAAUAAUGAUGAUGGAAGCAUCAAACUAGAGGAAUUGGAUUGGGAGGGUUUGUUGGCUAAUGUCUCCUCAUUACCUCACCUUGAUUUCCAUCUUCAAUAACCCUCCUCUCUCUCUCUCAAACAAAGUAAUCCAUCCAAUUCUCUACCCCUAUUUUAUUUUGGCCUUUUUCUUGUUUGUUUUUUGAAGUUCAAUAAAUCCCUUGAAUAUGUCAUAGGCAAUGUUGGGGUGUACAUUUUCAUGUGUACAAAAAGUGGGUAGCUAGGAUUGAGACACGUCACUCCGGUAGAUCAACCGUCUUUCUGCGAAACAAAUGUGUAUAGUCAAAAUGAAUUUGUCAAGACGUUAAAUAAAUAAAUAAAGGAUCAAAUUUAAUUGUAUUAUUAGCAUUUUGUAUAGAUGGAUCAAGAAAUUGUUAGCACACAUAUAUGGAAAAGUGUAGUAAGAAUAAUGAGAUUGUUUUUAGAUGCUAGCAUAAUUUCAUCAAACUUUGUCACUAUAUAUAUAUAUAUUAGUUUUAAUUCCUUGAUUUUUA